AAAAAGUCCAUAUAAAAGUAAAUCAGAAGACUCUCCUUUCUUUCUUGCUCUCGACUUACUCAGCAAACAGAAAACACAAAGACACACGGAUUAAGAUCUGAAAUCAUGGCAGCAGCACCAGAUCUAUUGUUCUCUGUGAGAAACAAUUUCUACCUGGGAGCCUAUCAGGCCGCUAUCAACAGCAGCAAUAUCCCCAAUCUCUCUCCCGAUGAAGCUGUCGAGAGAGAUUCUAUUAUUUACCGAUCUUACAUUGCCCAGGGCAGCUAUGAGCUUGUGAUUAGCGAAAUCGAUUCCUCCGCUGCUACGCCUCUCCAGGCCGUCAAACUGCUAGCCUUGUAUCUCUCUAAUCCUGGGAAUAAGGAAAGUACCAUCUCAAGCCUCCAUGAGUGGCUGUCAGAUCCAGCAAUUGGAAAUAACCCAAUCUUACGGACCAUUGCUGGGAUUAUAUAUAUGCAUGAGCAAGAUUAUAAUGAAGCUCUGAAACACACAAAUGCUGGGGGGACUAUGGAAUUGCAUGCUUUGAAUGUUCAGAUAUUUCUUAAGAUGCACCGAUCAGAUUAUGCAGAGAAGCAACUGAGGAUCAUGCAACAGAUUGACGAGGACCAUACGUUGACUCAACUUGCAAAUGCAUGGAUAAAUCUGGCUGUGGGUGGCUCAAAGAUUCAAGAAGCGUAUCUCAUCUUCCAGGAUUUCUCAGAGAAGUAUCAGAUGACUAGUUUGAUUCUGAAUGGGAAGGCUGUCUGCAGCAUGCACAUGGGAAAUUUUGAUGAAGCUGAAUCAUUGCUACUUGAAGCACUUAACAAGGACACAAAGGAUCCUGAAACAUUGGCUAACAUGGUUGUGUGCUGCCUUCAUCUUGGGAAGCCCUCAUCGCGUUAUCUUAGUCAGUUAAAACUUUCACAGGCAGACCAUAUGCUUGUUAAACGUAUAUCAGCUGGUGAGGAGGCUUUUGACAGAGCAGUGCAGACAGUUGCUUAAAGGCGGGCGAGAGAUCCAAUGAAUGAACAGCACAACCAAAAAAAUAUAGAAAAUAGGCCAUGAAUUCAAGAAUACGCGGGAGAUACUGGAUUCGCCGUCAUUGGGCUGUAUCGUCACAAGGAUGCCUAUGCUUUCUCUAAAUGUGUUUAUGACUUUUUCUUUACCCAGUUUAAAGUGAUAUUAGGAUCAUUAAACAUCUUUUGCUCUUUUGCACUUUGACUGGAUUGCUCGAAUUGGUCUUGUGACCGGAUUUAUUGCGAUAACGAAUUUUGGCGUUUAUAUACAUAUAUAUCAUAUAUCAAUUGGAA